AUGGCCCAUUCAACAUUGGCUUUGUCCCUCCUGCUAAUAGCAGUCUCUUCCAACCUUGCGAUGGCAAUCAAAAAGGAGAAACGAGCACCUCAGACACUGUCAAGAGGGUGGGGAGAUGAAAUUACCUGGGUACAAACCUAUGAAGAAGGGCUUUAUCAAGCGAAAAAAAAUAACAAGCCACUGAUGGUCAUUCAUCAUUUGGAAGACUGUCAAUACUGCCAAGCACUGAAGAAAGCUUUUGCAGAAAAUGAAGAGAUACAGGAAAUGGCCCAAAAUAACUUCGUUAUGCUGAAUCUCAUGCAUGAAACCACAGAUAAAAACCUGUCACCUGAUGGACAAUACGUGCCUCGAAUCAUGUUCAUAGACCCAUCUCUCACUGUAAGAGCUGAUAUCACAGGAAGAUACUCCAACCGGCUUUACACUUACGAACCACAAGACAUACCAUUCUUAAUAGAGAACAUGAAGAAAGCACUACGCCUCAUUCAGACAGAACUGUAA